AUGACAACCACGGAUGGUGAUAGCAAUUUGGAGGAGAGCCAGAGUGGUUUGGAAGAUGAUGAGUCGCUUGGAUGGCAGGUCCCAGAAUGGAGGCUCUUUAUCAGAGCACUGAGGGCUGACGAUGAUCGACGUUCUCCCAGGGGGUCCAAGCAGAUCAGGCGGCGAGAUGCUCGCCCAGCUGGCGAGGUUCAGUUUGAAGAGUCCUUUCCUGUCAAUUUUCGCAUCUUUGACAAGAGGCGCACCUGCCAGUUCUUGGGCGACAGCGAUGAAGAGGAGGAACCUGAGUCUUCGGAUGAGUCCACCUCUGAAACCGAAUCAGAUGAUGACACCAUUGAGCAGCCACAAGAUGAAAGCAGAGUGGAGGUUUUCUACCAGUUUCAGCAAAGCGAUGAAAUCGCUCGCCGGGACUUACCAAAGGCAUUGGAGGCUUUAGGGUUUAUGUGUCCUCAAGAAGCCUGGCUUGCAGCUGCCUGGAAAUCUGUCAAAUUACCACAGGAAGCUCCACCAGAGAUGAUCGUGGAGGUCCAACAAGUGGAAAAAGUCGACUUGGAAGAUUUCUUGAAGAUUGUACAGGCCUAUGAGAACCGACACCACCUGGAAUUUGCCACAGCCUUCGCGACUUGUGACAAGAAUGGCUCUGGCGUGGUCGAGAGUUCGGAGUUGGCUGACUUGCUGCUGAAUAUGAGUAUCGAGCCAAUGUCACACGUUCUCGAUGAAGUCAUCGAUGAGGUGGACACCAGCGGUCUGGGUACUCUGAACCUGGACGAGUUCAAGUCCAUCAUGCAACUGAUUCAGAUGCGGGAGGGUUUCAGCAAGAGCGAGUAUGAGGAAUUCAUUGCGGUUUUUCAGCGCUUUGACCGUGACAACUCCAACGAGUGUGAUGCUGCUGAAUUGGCCUCUAUUUUGAACUGGUUGGGCUUCGCCUGGUCGCGUGAUCGUAUGAAGGCUGUUCUAAAGGAGGUGGAUGUUGACCAGAGCGGCUCACUGGACUUGCGGGAGUUCAUUCUUUGCAUGCGAAAGGUGAGGGAGGUGGAACUUAAGGCGGUGAAGAAAGCCAUGGCGGAUGCAGAUGCAGAUGGGAACGGGCUGAUCUCCAAGUCAGAGAUGCCGGACUUGCUAAAAGGUUUGGGAUAUGAUCCCUGGGAUGUCCACGUUAUCCUGGAGGCUCAGCGGAGAGCUGGGUUGGAGGAGGAACAAGAGCUUGAACUUGGUCAGGUUUGGCAGGUGCUGACGGUCUAUCGAAGGUAUGAUGGUUUUACAAUGGCGCAGUGCGAAAAGUUCCAUGAAAUCUUUGAGGAGCACUGUGACUGUGACAAGGAAACUGGAGAAAUUGGAGAAAUGGAAAGCAUUGAAGUCCCAAAAGCCUUGCGCAGCCUGGGCUUCAAGAUCACCUUCGAGGUGGUGCAGAGCGUCAUUGGCAGAGUGGACGUGGAUGACACAGGUACCCUGAGUAUUUCAGAGUUCCGAAAGAUGAUUCGCAUGCUGGAAGAACGUGAAUCCAAUGUCUACAGACAGGCCUUCCGGGAGAAUGCCAAGGCUGAGAGCAUCAGCGUCACUACAGCCCAGGAGAUCGCACGGAAAAUGGGCUCUCAGUUGCAGAGGCAGCACCUGGUGUUUGACGAGAGUGUUGAUGAGGCAGAGAUACACAUUACUGAGGAGGCCUUCACUCGUGCCUGCAGUAACCUUUCGCAGGAGAUGCGAGAGAUCUACCGGCAGAACGGAGGCUUCAGCACUGAAGAACUGAAGGAGUUGCAGGUGAUGUUCGACAGAUACGACUCAAGGAAGAUUGGAAAGAUAGCCAACAAGGACUUGGUUCGCUUGGUGGAGACGGUUUGCCCCUCGUUGGCGCGAGAGAAGUCCUUGCGGCCGCAGCUCCAAGAUAUGAUGCAGGCUUGCCAGGAGUUCAAGGGCUGCCUCCGUUUCAAAGAUUUCUUGAAGCUCAUGCGCCUGAUCUCAGACUUUCAGGACAAAGAACGGGCUCAAACAGAGGCUACCUGUAUCAAGAACACAGGUUUUAACAGCUCAGAAGUGCAAGACUUCCGGGAGCUUUUCUUGGAAAUGGACGAAGGUUAUGGCGUUGUAACCUUUGAAUCCUGCCGCAGCAUGAUCCAUGCGAUCACACCUUUGGGUGAUAACCUCACCCACCAGCUGAAGCGCAUUUUUGACAUCCAGACCAGGAAAAAGGUCCAGAAUGGACGAGGCAAUACUGAUGAAGCGGACUUUCCUGAGUUCCUGCUUUUGAUGAAGCAGCUGCUGGACAUGAACUUUGCGAAAUUACGGGAGAAAAUUGGCUUUGACCGCUGAGUUUUAGUGAUGGUUCUCCCACCGAAAGGAGUCCAAGACAGCCAUGGAAUGAGUUGCUUUAGUUUAGAAUCGAAGGAGUUUCUGUCAACUUUGUGAUGUGGCUGGAAGCAGCCGCUUUCAUGAAGCUGUGUAAUCAUUGAGCAUAUUGAGCUCAUUGAAUGGGAACAUUUCAAUGUACCUGCUGAGUGUAUGGAACGUAUUGAUAUGUGAUCGGAGCUUAGUCGGC